CUAUAAAUAUACGUUCUGCCUCGCCAUUCAACCUUCACAACCCAAACAAAAACACGCGCAUCCCGUGAUUUCGAUUUCUGAAUCCUAAUCCUUCUUUUUCUCCCUCUAUUGUUUUUUCACUCUGCUUUUCGGUUCUCUUUUGUUUUCAAUCCUUUCUCUUUUGUUUCAAUCCAUUCCGUGUGGUUCGUUCCUUUUGGAUUAAGGUGUUGCAAUUGCAGUUCGUUUUAGCAUUAGGUUUUUCUCAAACGGUUUUUCUUCAAUCCAGCAGGACUGAAUGAUCUAAUGGAGUCAAAAGGUGGGAAGAAGUCUAGUAGUAGUAGUAGUAGUAGUAAAUCAUUAUUCUACGAAGCUCCCCUCGGUUACAGCAUUGAAGACGUUCGUCCAAACGGUGGAAUCAAGAAGUUCAGAUCUGCUGCUUACUCAAACUGCGCUCGCAAGCCAUCCUGAUAUCCCUCCUGACAAAUAGUUCUCCGUUGCUUGCAACCAUUGUUUUAUUUUUAGCUUUUUAUUUUCUCGUUUUUCUUUAGGUUUAUUCACUACUCUCCUUCAAACGACGUCUUUCCAAUCCCUCUCUUUGCGAUUGUGCCCUUGCAUCUGUUUUCCUCCGUUUCCUACUGCAUUAAUUUCUUUCUGAAACACCAUGGCCAUGGCAGUGCCGGUUUCUGCUAUUGGUUUUGAAGGCUACGAAAAGAGGUUGGAAAUAUGCUUUUCCCACCCUGGACUCUUUUCUGACCCUGAAGGAAAGGGUCUAAGGUCUCUCACCAAGUCCCAGUUGGAUGAGAUUCUUGCUCCAGCUGAGUGCACCAUUGUUUCUUCGCUUUCAAGCAACGACGUUGACUCCUAUGUUCUUUCUGAGUCAAGCCUCUUCGUUUAUCCCUACAAGAUUAUCAUUAAAACUUGUGGUACUACUAAGUUAUUGCUUUCAAUCCCACCCAUAUUGCGGUUGGCUGAGACCCUUUCACUUAAUGUCAAAUCUGUGAGGUAUACCCGAGGAAGUUUCAUUUUUCCUGGUGCCCAGUCCUUCCCACACCGCAGCUUCUCCGAAGAAGUUGCCAUUCUGGAUAGCCAUUUUGGGAAGCUUGGUUCAGGCAGCAUGGCUUACAUUAUGGGCGGUGGCAUAGACAAACCACAGAAAUGGCAUGUUUACUCUGCUUCUGCAGAAUCUGUGAGCCCAUGCGACUCUGUCUACACACUUGAAAUGUGCAUGACUGGAUUGGACAGAGAGAAAGCACUCAGAAAGAUCCUUCCUGAUUCUGAUAUAUGCGACUUUGAAUUUGAGCCUUGCGGUUAUUCAAUGAAUUCUGUCGAAGGUGCUGCUGUUUCUACAAUUCAUGUUACUCCAGAAGAUGGUUUCAGCUAUGCAAGCUUUGAAACAGUGGGAUAUGAUUUGAAAAUGGUCAAUCUGAACGAUCUAGUUGAGAGUGUGUUGGCAUGCUUCCAACCUACUGAGUUUUCGUUAGCGGUUCAUGUUGACUGUUCAAGCAAGUCAUUUGAGCAGAGCUGUUUGCUGGAUGUUAAGGGAUACUGUCGUGAAGAGAGGAGCCACGAGGGGAUUGGAAUGGGUGGUUCUGUUGUCUAUCAGAAGUUCGUCAAGACUUCUGAUUGUGGUUCACCUAGAUCAACUCUGAAGUGCUGGAAAGAUGAAGAGGAAGAAGAGUAGUUUGCUGUCUUUUGUUUUAUGUUCGUGUUUUUAUUGUUAAGAGUUUUUACUAUUGUCUUUCGUAAAAAAUAAAUCAUGCCUUCUAGUCUUGGUAUGAUACUAUUCUGAAUUGUCAUUUCAUUUCAUUUCAUUGUAUGCUUAAUAUUCUGAAUUGAUCCGGUGUCUAUUUUCAUUUCUGGUGGUUUGUAGACGUUGCAGGUUGCUGUUUUAAUUUCAAUGCUGAAAAUUGAACUUAUAGGAAAAUAGAUUAUGCUGUUUGG